AUGAGUAAUAAAAGUAAAGAACAUCGGAGUGUUUGUCGUUUAACUGUUGUUAAAAUAGUCGAUACUGGUCCAAUAACAUCAAAUAAUACUGAUACUGAUAGAAGUGGUAUAGAUGAAGGACAAGUAUCAGUGCGUGAACCAGUUAUUCGUCAUUCUCCACAACAAAAAAGACCUAUUUCACCAGUGCCAACAGUAAAUGUAGUUAAUAAUAAAAAAGUUAAACUUGAACAAUCAACAAAUGAUAUCAAGAAAAAAUCAGUACAAUCAGUAAUUAAGAAUGAAAAUAUUAGUAAAACAAUAGUAAAUCCUAAACCAACAAAAUUAGUAUCAUAUAAAUCAUCAUCUGUGAUAGAAGCAAAAAUAACAAAAGCUUUACCAAUAAAAGAAUCAAAUCAAACAACAACUAAUAAUGAUAAUGCUGAGAAUUUAUCAUUAUCUAAACCACAUACAUCAACAAAAUUAAUUAAAUCUCAAUCAACUAAUGAUAUUAAACCUUCUAUUCAAUGCACAAUAAAUAAUACUAAAAAGAAAGAACCUGCUCUUUCUCCAUCAACACCUAAACCAGUCACAAAUAUACAGAAUGGAUUAAAAAAGUCAAUAAAUAAAAAUCCUCAAAAACCUUCGAUCAAAACAGAACAAGCGUCAAUCUCUACGAGUAAGUCACCUUCAAACAUCAUUAUUAAACAAGAAUCAUUAUCACAACCAUCAUCAACUAACAUUUCAAAUAAUACAAAUACAUCAGUUCCAAUUAAUAAUCUUAAAAAGAUUCCUAAAAAACCUCAACCACCACCAAUUAUAGAAAAACAUUCUCGUUCAUCGAUAUCUUCUUCAUCAUUAAAUCGAAAUUCGAUUCGAGAUUCACAAGGACAAAAAUCAUCGUUAUCUAAAACUCAAUCAAAUUUAAAACGAAAUCGUUCUUCAUUGUCUGUUAAUAAUUCUAAUAGUAAUAAUCGAUCAGAAAAAGCUAAUAUUACUAAAAAUCGUUCCAAUGAUUCAACACAUCAGUCUUCAAAUUCAUCUCAACACAAACAAUCAAAUCGUAUUUUAUCACCUCAUAAAUCAUCGUCAAAAACUCAACUACCGAUUCCUCCUAAACUCAUUCCUAGUCCUUGUCAAUUCCAGAUUGGUCCUCCUAUUAGCUCGACUAUCUCAUCAUCAUCAUCAUCUAUUGAUACAUCUCAGCCAUCAAUUACUAAUUCACCUUUCAAUCAUAUCGUUCAAAAUGAAGAGAAUCAUAUUCAAACGUCCAUGGAUAUUGAUGAUGAUCGUAUACAACUUUCAGAUAAAUCUAAUUCACUUCAUGAACAAAGUCUUACUCAAUCAAUGCAAAUAACAUCAAAUGGAAUAUCUCAUUCAGAUCAAUCUGACAUGAAUGAUAGUGAUACAUCAAUAGAUGAUGGCAACGAGGAAGAAGAUUUACCAACUAGUCUUACUAAUGACGAUUUACGAUAUAAACUUAUAUAUAUUUAUAAACGUUUUCAAUUAAAUUCAAUAAGUGAUCUUACAAUAUUUGUUCGUUUCUUUAAACGACAUCAAUUAAUUGAUACAUCAUCAUUAUCAAUGACAAAAGCAACAAAUGAAAUGUUUACUUAUGAUCUUUUUUCUCUUAGUCCAUCACAUAUUGGUGAAUUAGCAAGUGAUCUUGGUUAUACAACAACAAAUAUUAUUAAUUCCAUGGAACAGUAG